AUUGGCGAUCUUAGUAUGACUCACUGCAAUGAACCCCUCGCCUUUGAAAUUGAAGCCGCGCUGCCGAAGAGUUUCAGUUCGACACUUCUCUCAGUGUACCUCCAACAGUUCCGCCGAAGUGACUACAAUUCUUGCUGGGCGCGUGUGUGAAUCUACUCUUCUUAUAUAGUGACGACGGAGUGGCGCCAUUCAGAACUGCAAAACGCCUAUUUAAUUGUGAAUUUCAAUUGCGCACCACGCAGAAACAUAACGAGAGAUUUGUGACUCUCGUGGGCGCAAAGCACCCAAUCAAUUGGGGUGUGUGUUAAUUUCCUCCAUCCGGAUUCGAGUCGACUACCACAAGUGUGUUUGUGUUGUUUUGAGUAUAUUGUAUCGAAAGUUGUCUAUUUGCUGCUCACUGGUGUAAAUGUUAUUAGAAUGCAAGGUGUUCGGCACGAGGAAAGAUCUUAAUCUCUUGGAAAUUUGGUGCGUGGAUGUUCUGUUAGAACGAACAUUUCAACUGAGACAUUCGUGAUCUAAUCGGCAACUCACAAUGUCGGAGUACUUUGAAUUCCAAUGGGACAUGCGCUCGAAGAUCGGCGACGUGCGGAUGGGCAACAAGAAGUACUACAAUGUGUACAACGAGCCCACAGAGUGGAACCAAGCGCUCUUCCAGAUCAAGGAGCUCAUCGGCGCCAGCAUGGACUACGCGCUCAAAGACAAGUCCUGCUACCAUGACAAUGACUUCCUGCUGCGCUUCCUCUUCGCGCGCAAAUUCGACGUGGACGAGGCGUUCAGACUCAUCAUCAACUACUUCACUUACAUGCAGAAGAAUCAGGCUAUUUUCCAAAGAUUGUCCGUCUUCGACGAGAGCGUGCAGCUGGCGCUCCGCGACGGCUUCCCGGGCGUGCUGCCGGAGAGGGACCGCCGAGGCAGGAAAGUGCUGGUGUUCUUCACGGCCAAUUGGGAUCCAGCGCUCUAUUCCCUGCUCACCAUCUACCGCGCCAUGCUGCUGUCGCUGGAGAAGCUCCUCGAGGACAAGCAGAAUCAGGCGAACGGCUUUGUGGCCAUCGUCGACUGGAGCAACCUCACUCUCCAGAAGUCUUCCCACCUCAACCCAAAGAUACUCAAGCUGAUGAUCGAGGGUCUUCAGGACUGCUUUCCAGUCCAGUUCAAAGCCAUUCACUUCAUCGGGCAGACGUGGUACUUGGAGGCGGCAAUGGCUGUGAUCCGACAGUUCCUCAAGGAGAAGACGCGCUCGCGAAUUAAACUCCACAGCAAUCUGUCCACGCUGCACGAGAGCAUCGCCCGUGACGUGUUGGUCACGGAACUGGGCGGAGAAGGACCGCCUUUCAACCCACUCGAAUGGUAUCAUACACUUCUGGCGUCCAGUCAGGAGAAUCACAACGUAGAGUCUCGUCCUUACUACAUCACCCAGGCGACUGUCUACUCUACAGCGCCCGCCAGCUGCCUCAAAAACGGCAGCUCCAUGGCGAAAAAGAGCUCAGAUCCCGCUCGCAAUUCCCUGCUAAGUCUGGACGACGACAUUUGAACUGCAUUCAUCGCUCAAAAACUGACUGAACUCUCGAAAUUGUUCCUGCGCUCCAAUCUCACACGCUACAGCGUUCAGAAAUCUUCCAGGAAGAGUUGUAUUUUUUGAAUAGCACUAAGCCGUCCAGUGACAGAAUUUUUCUAAGAUAUUUUGUAUCUCUUAUAAUAAAAGUUGCUUGUAACGGACAAUA